AUGGUAGUAGAGAAAAUAUUUGGAGGUUGGGAAGCCUCUUAUGAAGCGUUGCCUAUAUGGAUGGAGGCCAUGUGUCACAAGGAGCCAUCUGCUGUCGUCCAUUUUGAGACUAUGCCUUCAUAUCAAGGCGAUGACUUGGUGGGUGAUAUUCGGGUACUGCAUCGUGUAUUUUGGAGUUAUUACCCUUGUAUUAGGGCAUUCAGACAUUGUAAGCCGAUUGUCCAGGUGGAUGGGACUCACUUGUACGGAAAGUAUAAGGGUUGUUUGCUUGUGGCAGUUUCACAGGAUGGCAACAACAAUAUCGUCCCGAUUGUGUUUGCUAUUGUGGAGGGAGAGACUUCUGAUGCUUGGCAUUUUUUCCUUAGUAACCUGCGUCAACAUGUUGUAACUCGGGAUGGUGUCGGUCUAAUAUCGGACAGGCACGAGUCCAUCAAUGCAACUCUGGAACGCAGUAACGGAGCUUGGUCACCUCCUAGAGCUUUUCAUAUGUUUUGCAUUAGGCAUAUAGAGUCGAAUUUUCUGAGAAAGUUUAAGGCCCCGUACCUCCAAAAAUUGGUCGUCAACAUCGGAUAUUCAAGGACGGUGCAGGAGUACGAAGUGCGUUACCAGCGGUUACGGGAACAUGGCGAAGCGUACACAAACUGGUUAAACCGAAUUUCUCACGAACAGUACGCAUUGGCCUUCGAUGGUGGGUACCGAUGGGGUCACAUGACGACGAAUCUAGUGGAGUGCAUCAAUUCAGUUUUGAAGGGUGCACGCAAUCUCCCGAUUACUGCUCUUGUGAAGGCAACAUUCUACAGAGUAAACGAGUUGUUCACCCGGAAAAGAGCAGAGGCGGAAGCCCGGAUCAAUGCUGGCCAUAUGUUUUCUGAUAUCGUGACCUCGAAGUUGCAUGCAAACCAACUUGCAUCAGGAAACAUCCAGGUUAGUUGCUUUGACCGCCAAAAUGAGGUGUUUGAGGUUCGUGAGAUGCCGAGCGGGCUGGAGUUUGUAGUUGAUCUACGUGGCCUUCGAUGUGACUGUGGUGAGUUCCAGGUGGACCGGAUCCCCUGCAGACAUGUGUUCGCAUGUUGUGCCAACCAGCGAUUGGAUUGGCAACUCUAUGUGCAUGAUGUGUAUAAGAUGGACCAAGUGCGGCGAGUGUACCGAGCAAGGUUUCGGCCACUAGAUGGUUAA